CUUUCGCAUUUUCUCUCCGUAGGAAUUUAUUUUCCUUUGCCUUCUGUUUUUGGCUCUUUUUCCUUACUUCGUGUUUGGGUUUGGAUGGGGGCUGAGAGGAAAGUAGUGCGACAAGAUGGGGUGGAAGACUUGAUGCAGCCCAUGGAGAAUCGGUUGCGUCUGUCGGCGUUGGAAGGCCAAGCUCUAGUGUUGGUGGAUGUUGGGACGGCGACAGGCGGCUGCAAAGGGUUGCAAUUAUGGGAUGCCGGCUGGAUGGAGGAUUUGGUAGAGGCCAUGGGACGCCGUUUGAGGAUGAUAUUUGCUUUUCUUGAUGGAAUGGGUUCCGUCGGCGGUGGCAGAACCACAGUUAGAUUUAGAGGGGGGUUGUGGUAUUCAGAUGAAUGUGACUGGGUUAUGAAGGAAUCAAUCGGUGCUUCAGGGGGUUUAAUUUGUGUUUGGAAUACUGUUAAUUUUGUUAAGCUAGGGGAGUUUGUUGGAGAUGGGUUUCUGGGGAUUGAAGGGAUUUGGGGUGCGGGAAAGGUGCUAUGUUAUUUUGUGAAUGUGUAUGCUUCCCAGGAUAAGUGUACAAAGGCGAGGUUAUGGGAGGAGUUGGGUACGAUGGUUAUGGAAAAGGGAGGGUGUUGGAUGAUCGCAGGUGAUUUUAAUGCUAUCAGAUGUCCCAAAGAAAGGAGAGGUAGAACUGGAGUAUGUCCAGAGAUGGAGGAAUUUAAUGUGUUUAUCGAGUCAACAAAAUUGGUUGAUAUCAGAUUAGCAAAUAGACGUUUUACAUGGUACCGACCGGAUGGGUCUUCUAUGAGUCGGUUGGAUAGAUUUCUGAUGACUGAGGAGAUGUAUAGUUUGGGGUGCGAGUGGGUGCAACAGGGGAUGAAACGGACUAUAUCUGACCACUGUGCUGUUAUCUUGAAAACAAGAAUUGCGGAUUGGGGUCCAAGGCCAUUUAGAGUAUUAGAUGCUUGGCAGCAGCAUCCAGAUUUUAAAAAUGCAGUGGAAGGCAAGUGGCGAGGGAUGGAGGUUGAAGGAUAUGCAGGCUAUCGAUGUAAACAGAAGUUAAAGAUGUUGAAGGAAUUUUUAAAGGGAUGGAAUAGGGAUGUGUUCGGGGAUAUGGAGGCUCAAUUUGAAAUGGCAACAGUAUUGGUCGAAAAGAUUGACAGAAGGAAUGAAGAUUUUGACCUAGAAGAGUUUGAGGUGAGCCAACGACACGACGGAGUUCAAGAAAUAUGGGAUAUUUUGCGCAAAAAGGAAGCUAUAUGGAGGCAAAAAUCGAGAUGUAAUUGGGUGCGGAUGGGAGAUGCAAACACCAGAUUCUUUCACAAGAUUGCCAAUGGCAGGAGGGCUCAGAACAAUAUACUAGGGAUCUCGUGCGAUGGUAGAUGGGUGGAGGAGCCUACUUUGGUUAAGCGGGAGAAGAAAGAGUGGUUGGAAAGACCAUUUUCAACGGAAGAGAUUGAAGAAGGGUUAAGAGGUUGUGAAGGGACUAAAGCACCCGGUCCGGAUGGUUAUAACUUCAACUUCAUCAAAUUCGCCUGGAGCAUUUUAAAGGAGGACUUUGUGAGCUUCUUCAAUGAAUUUCAUAGCAAUGGCAGGUUAGUAAGAGGUCUCAACUCUUCCUUUUUGACUCUGAUCCCUAAGAAGAAUAAUCCUAUAGAGUUGAAGGAUUAUCGUCCUAUUAAUCUAAUUAGGUGUGUGUAUAAGUUGUUGGCAAAGGUGCUAGCUAAUAGACUCAAGGCUGUGUUGUCGGAGAUUAUUAGUGAAACUCAGUCUGCUUUUUUGGGGGGUCGUCAAUUGGCAGAUAGCGUGUUAGCUUUAAAUGAAGUUGUGGAUGAAAUUAAGAAGAGCAAACAAAAGGCUUUUGUUUUCAAAGCUGAUUUUGCGAAAGCAUACGAUUGUGUUGAUUGGGCUUUUUUGGAUUGGAUGAUGGAGAGGUUUGGUUUUGGGGUUAGGUGGAGAGGAUGGAUUAUGGAGUGCUUAUCAACUGCAAAGGUUUCCGUAUUAGUUAAUGGCAGUCCGACUGAGGAGUUCGAGAUUGGAAAAGGGUUAAGGCAGGGUGACCCUUUGUCUCCUUUUCUGUUUUUGAUGGUGGGGGAGGGGUUACAUGGAUUAAUUCGCAAAUCAGAGGAGGAGGGGUUGUUUAGGGGUGUUGAAGUUGGGAAGAAGGGCCUGGUUGUAUCCUUGCUCGAGUUUGCUGACGAUACCGUGAUUUUGGGUAAAGCUGAUGGGGAGAAUGUUUUCAUGGUUAAAGCAGUGCUACGAUGGUUUGAGUUGAUGUCCGGGUUGCGGAUUAAUUUCAGUAAAAGCAGUGUUUACGGCUUUAAUGUAUCGACAAGGUGGCUGAAUGGGAUGGCUUGUUCCUUACGGUGUGGGGUUGGAAAAACACCUUUCUUGUAUUUGGGUCUACCUAUUGGUGGAGGUUUCUGUGGGGGGGGGGCUGGAUUGAGUAGGAAAAUUCCAUGGGUUAAAUGGGAUGUGGUUUGUGGCAACAAGGCGCAGGGAGGUUUAGGGGUGUCGGAUUUGCGUAGGAAAAAUUGGGCAUUAUUAGGUAAGUGGUGGUUUCGGUUUGGUGAUGGUGUGGGGAGUUUAUGGAAGCGGGUAGUGAGGGAGAAAUACUAUGAGGGUCGGUGUGAGGUGGAUAUAACAGCAAUUUCUAAUUUAAGAGUGUCGAAGGUAUGGAAGGAUAUCAUUAGCAUCGGGGGGAGAUCAGUUAGGCUGAGGAAUAUGUUAGGGAAUGGGUUUAGAUGGGAGGUAGGGUGUGGAAGUAGGGUGGGUUUUUGGAGGGAGAAGUGGGCGGGUGACAAUUCUUUAAGGGAUUUAUGUCCCAGACUAUUUGCCUUGGCUGCGAAUAAGGAAGGUUUGGUGGGUGACAUGGGGGAAUGGGUAGGAGAUAGGUGGCAGUGGAAUCUGGUUUGGAGAAGGGGGAGAAUGGGGCGAGAAAAGGACGAGGAAGAGGCUUUGUGGGGGGUAGUGGAUUGCGUUCAUUUAAAGAAAGGUCAGGAAGACAUUUGGUCUUGGAUUCAUGACCCAGGGGGAAAAUAUUUGGUUAAGACAGCUUAUGAAUUUUUAUCUCCUGAGGAGCGUCAUCUGGAUACCCAAUACUGUAGGCUUAUUUGGUGUAGCAAGAGGGAUUGCUUUGUGGUUUGUGUCAUGAGGGGCUGGAGGAUGUAGAUCAUUUAUUUUGUACUUGUAGGGAAGCUUGGUUAGUUUGGGUUAAGGUGCUGAAAUGGUGGGGUUUUGAAAC